AUGAGCAACUACAGCGUGUCUUUGGUCGGCCCAGCUCCUUGGGGCUUCAGACUUCAAGGAGGGAAGGAUUUCAACAUGCCUCUGUCUAUCUCUCGGCUUAACGAUGGUGGCAAGGCAGCCCAAGCACACGUGGGGAUAGGUGAUGUAGUUCUCACCAUUGAUGGGAUAAGUACGGAUGGGAUGACUCAUCUAGAAGCACAAAAUAAGAUCAAGGCGUGUACAGGCAAUUUGAACAUGACUCUGCAAAGAAGCAUUCAGGUUCCAAAGCCAGAACCUACAGAAGUAGUUAAGCCUCCCCUCCCCAGCCCCGCCGGCGACGGCGCCCAGGACGUGGCCGAGGGGCCGCAACGAGGAGUCAGAGAAAACCAGGGGGAGAGUAAACAGCAAAAUGGGAAAAUCCCACCCAAACGCCCCCCACGGAAGCACAUUGUGGAUACCUAUACAGAGUUUUACCACACACCCACCCAUAGCGAUGCCAGCAAGAAGCGACUGAUUGAAGACACCGAAGACUGGCAUCCCCGGACAGGCACCACCCAGUCCCGCUCUUUCCGCAUCCUUGCCCAGAUCACUGGCACUGACCAUAUGAAAGAACCAGAAAAUCAAGCUGCAAAGAAGACUAAGGAAAAGGUUCCCAUCCACGUCUUUAGCCCCAAAUAUACAAAAUUACGUGACUGGCACCAUGAAGUCUCAGCACGUGUUCUUAAUGUCCAGUGA